AUGAAAGAUUCUCUUAUUGCUGAAAUUCUGAUGCUCCAGACCACUACAUUUGUCAUGUCGGAUCCCAGGAAUUUUGAAUUUGUUGGAUCAAUUCCGAAAGUAUUGAUGAAGAGAGUUCUUUUGGAUAACGCCAUUAUUAGGGCUUAUCGAAAAUUGCCGUCUUCUGGUGUUCGUCAAAUCCCUGAGUCCAGAGAUGCUCCAGUCACUGAUUUUGUUGGUCAGAUUCUCAGUGAAAAGCUGAAGCCUAUAUUUGAGAAGCACAAAGAAAUUCAGAAUGUUACGAAGAGCAAGGCUAUUUCACAACAAGGGGGAGAAAAGGAGGUAAACAUAAACAAUCCGUAUCAGACGGACCCCAUAUAA